UCUUCUGUCGUUAUUUCAUUAUUUCUUUCAGUGAAUUUAUUUUGUAUUAGAACAGUUGGUACUUAUUUAUUUUAAAUUAGUAUUUGUUUUCAAUAAAGGUGCUAAUAACGUGAAUGCAUUAAAUGAGCCUUAUUUCAUUAUCAUAAAGAGAAAAACGGCAUUCAUAAUAUGAAAUUAUGGUACCUAUCUAAACAUUAAUGUGUUGAUGAGACAGCUGAUAGUAUAGCAAUAAUGGAGGGAAAAUCGGAAAUGGAAGAAAAACCUAAAAAACCAAAUGUUCAAAAAACCAAACUUGCGCGUUGUGUUGGCUGGCUUCAACAUCAAAAUAGUCUUGAGUCCAAAAAUGUGCAGAAUCAGAAUGACAUAGAAUUUAUCAUACGCACGAAUGCGGAGCGAAAGAAGUUUUUGUUAUCGGCUGUUGACGAUGACGCAACCGUGCCCGCUGGUGUUGAAGAGCCUGCAGUGGAGCCUAAAGCAGUGCCCAGACUGAAGCUGCGUGUGGAGAAAUUACGCAUGGAGUGUGAGUGGCAAGCUUGUCGCGAUUUUUUUGGAAAUUAUGAACGUUUCCAGACACACAUUCGGCAACAUAGUUCUGGUUUACAUGUUAUUGGUAAAGAAGAUAGUGUGGAAUAUGUAUGCCUCUGGGAUAUUUGUGGACACAAAACAUCAGAUUUCACUGAGAUGGUCCGACAUAUGAACUACCAUGCUUAUCAUGCGCGUCUCAUGGCGAUUGGGUUUAAUGGCCGAGCAACUUUAAAGCUGGACCGAUGCCGGAAAGACUCGAGUAAGAGGAACCAACUGCCACCAUUGAACUCGCCUCACACCUGCUUAUGGUUUGGCUGUAACGAAUCUUUUGAUGCUAUACAGGCAUUGUUCGACCAUGUGGAAUGUGCACACAUCAGAUACUCGGAAGACUUCCUCUGCUCAUGGGCUGGAUGUGGCGCCACUUUUAUCAAGAGGAACCCUUUGAGAGUUCACAUGAGGUCACACACUGGCGAGAGGGUCAUAGCUUGCUAUCAUUGUGGGCUACACUUCGCGAGUUAUAGGAAAUUGACCGAUCAUGUUAGGAGACAAAACGUUAAUCCGAACACGGAGUUCGCGUGUUCCGUGUGCGGCAAACUGCACGCGACUGAGUAUCUGCUGCGAUGUCACGCGCGACAACACAUCUCCGCGUACGCGUGCGCGAUGUGCGACAUGUCCGCGCCCACCACCGCGGCGCUCGCGCAGCACGUGCGCUACAGGCACAUCGACGACCGCCACAGCCGCAUACACCACUGUCCGCACUGCCAAUACAAGGGAGUAAUGAAAUGGGACUUGAAAAUGCACAUGCGCACUCACACACGCAAACGGCGACGCAAAGGUAAAUCGGAAGUCGACGAAUCUACAUCUGACUCCGAAGAGGAAAGGAGGAAAAAGCCCAAAGUUCAAAGGAAAUACGCCUGUCAUAUGUGCCCUGAUGAUAGUAUGAAGACUUUUACAAGGGGAGAAAGACUGACUAGGCAUUUGGUGAAUGUGCACGGUGCCCAGUGGCCGUAUGGACAUAGUCGGUUUAGAUACCAAAUAAGUGAGGACGGUAUGUACAGACUGACGACCACAAGAUACGAGUUUCUCGACGUUUCUGAAAAAAUUGUUGACGGCAGCAUUCCGAAGGAAUCACCUCAGAACAAAUUGAAGUUUAAAGUCAAGGAAAUCGCUGAGGCAACAAAAACAACGCCGAAACGGUUCGCAAUUACGCUUAAGAAAGAGAAAAACGAAAGCGAAAGCCGAAGCGAAAGCGCAACAGACGACAGUGAGUGUGAGCAGAAAAUGGAACCUAUUGUCGAUAAGAACACAGUCGAAAUUACAAUGUGCGAUGUCGACGAAGAGGGUAAUAUUAUUAGUUCAAAAGUAAUCGACCAUUUGUAUCCUGGCCUUAAGACGGAAUAGUUGGUAAGUUUUUUAGUGUUUGCUAUUCAAAAAUGUAUUAUGCCACUUUUUAUUAUUUAUGGCCAGUGCAGACUGAAUGCAUAAAUAGGGAAUAUUACGAAAUACUCGGCGCAGAUGGCGCUACUGGUAUAACUAGGGUUAACAAUCAUUGCCAAUGGAGGCAAAAAGCGCCAAUUUUCAAUAUUUUUCAAAGAAAAAUUUAGUGGAUUAUUGAAUAGGCUUCAUCAGAACACAAAAGUGUUAAUACAAGACAAAUUUGCUAAAUGAUUCAAGUCCAUUGUAAAACACGAUAUCUUUAUUAUAAUUAUUGAACACGGAUUGAUAUCACAUUGCACCAUUUGUGGGAUUGGAAUGUGUAUAUUAUUUUCGACCAUCACUUCUUCAACAUAAUCAAUUAACCACUUCCUCCGAAAAACUAUUCAAAUCAAAAAUAUAAUCAAAAAACCGUCUAUAGGGUUAACUUCAUAUACGACGACACAUAUUUGAUUUUUAGCUUCACGUUUAGCAGCUAUGUCGCAUUUGAGUACACUUUAAGACUUCAGUUUUAGACCGUGAGAAAAUUGAAGGGUGGUUAACUGGUCCUGAAAAUAAUAACACCAUUUUAGGUUAUGCAUUAUUUGGUCAACUGUGGUGAUAAACUGAUAAACUUGAUUUUGACUGAAAGCCUUACCUGUAUGAAGUCCAUAUUUUCAUAAGUCGUCGGUGUGAAGUGUUCUGAGCAUAUUUUUGACCAUUUGAGCCUUCAUUGAAGGCCGAAACAUUUUAACCAUUUUUUAUUUAAUGACGAGCAAUUAAUUAAUAAUAUCAUUUUAACUAUACUUUUCUUGUCAAAUCAGUGUAACUAUCACGAAUUAGAUAAAACCCAAGUGCACUUACAGAAACAGAAAAUAAGAAACACAAAACUCGCUAGAAUGUUGUUGUGUUUAUUUAUCACUGAUACAUACUCGUAAUAACUGACACAGACUCAUAAUAACUGAUUUUUAUGUAUAUUUUUUGCACCGAUGUUAGCAAAAACAUGGCAAAUACACUCCCAUCUUAUCAAUAAAAAAAUUAAAGAAUAUUUUUAAGCUACUAAACACUAAACGUUUUGUAACUGUCGCACUUGAUAAUAUUUGACUUUGACAGAACGAGACAAAACAUUAAGUACACUUCAACUUUUUUACGAAUAAGAGCGAAAUAAUAUUUCAGUUACUUAUUAUUUAAAUAUUCUUCGUUCCUCGAAUACAUCUUAUCAUUAUGUAAUCAAUCACUAUUUAAAAUAAUAGUCGAAAUAUCGCGGCAUGUUUCUUUCAAAAUUAGAUUAGAAUAUCUACAGGGUUAUCUAGAACUGUGUACACUCCGUUUUUUCUUACAAGUCCUAAAAUAUAAACAUAUUGUUGAAUUUUUUUGAUAAUAAUUCAAAUAUUAGUUCAAAUCUAUAUGUCGCAUCCAACUGAUUAAAAUAGCUGUUCAAUCAAAACGCUAGCCCUUUGACUGAACAACGUUAUUCAAUCACACGUCUAGCUUUUUGAUUAAAUAUUUGAGGCGCGCUCAAAACGUUCAACUUAUACAUUUGGCUGCUACAUAUACAUUCUGAAGUAAAACAUUUAUUAACCACCAAAGUGAUUUCCUCAAAAGUAUAUUUUAAUUAAUAUAGAUGUAAAAUUACGAAAAGACUUGAUAAGGUUGUUUACAUAAUAAGACUUGCAGGAAAAAUCUGGGUUUAGAACAAACAUUGUCGUUUAUGAUGUUAGCAAAACUAAAGGCGGGUCCGCUGCGCCAUGCAUGCGCGAACAGAACCUUGUUCAAAAACUUAAUUUUGUCGUUGUAAUUUGUGUUUUUGAACAAAUGUUCUGUUCAAAACAUGGCGCAGCGGACCCGGCUUAACUUGCAAGGUUGUUGGUGUUUCAUAGGUAACCCUGUACUGUGGUGAUUACAAUGGAGCCACGUAUCACGGAACAAAUAUGAAGAAAGAUCCGGUGUAUUAACUUGUGCACAGCUAUUUUCGUUUUCCAUUCGGAAAGGGGCGGAACCGCGUCCCCACCCGCCUGCCUCAGCCCCGCGUAUCGAGAUACAACUUUGGUUAUAGAAAGUGCAAUAAAAAGUCUCUUUGGUUUUGCUUCGUAGUCCGUGUGGUAUAUGCAAUAACAUAUAUAAUCGCUGUGAUUUUGGCAUUUGGUUAUGCAACUCCGAAUGAUUAAUUUAUUGUGUAGUACAUAUACUUACAGUCAUAUACCUCAUGGCUGAGGGUGGUGGUCACUAGGUGGAAUGAUAUACACACAACGAAGUUCUUGGUAAUAGAGUGGUUUGCCAUAGCCAUACACUCAGACCACAUGAUAAAUUAUAUACUAGAGUGUAGUUUCCUCACUAUGUUUUUCUUCACCGGAACCUAGUGACGGUUGAUGAAAACUAUAUACGUGCCUUAUUGGAAUACAAACUCAAGUGGCACAAGUAAGAUUCGAACCCGAGACUCUCGGUUCACAGGCGUCUUAACUAUUAGAGCACCAUAUAAAGAUGAAGUCAAGUAAUGUAAGUUGUUUAGAAUUUCUUUAUAAUAACUUUUUUUAGUCAUCUCAUUGUUAUUCUGAGAUAUAUUGACUAUAUAAUAUUUGUUUAUAAUGAAGAAUGUUUGAAUUAUUAUGUAUUAAGUUUAAUUAAUGUUUGUUGUAGAUUGUUAUCUACAAGAACUGAACUAAAUGUUAUCUAUAUUAGAUAUAUUUUAAUAACGGUUUUUCAAAAUACACCACAGUAAGCCCCCAACGAAUCAAUACAGGUUUUUUUGUAAUGAUUACAAAGCUGUGGCCCUGAGACGCAGCCAGCCAAUCACAGUGCGCCAUUGUGAGGCAACGACAACCACACCGCAAUGUGAUUGGUUCGCUGCGUCACACUUCGAAUCGAUUCGUGGUUAAUGGUGUUCUAGAGUAGCGCUAUAUAUUUGUCAAACAUGAUAUUGGUGAAGGCAAAAUAUUAUUUUUAAAGUAGAUUUAGACGGUUAUGUCUCAGUUUUAUGUAUAUGUGUUUGUGACAUGUAGGUAUGAAACUGUUAUAUAAGUUAAGCAAUAGGUUUAAAUGAACUGUUAUAAUAAAAUUUUAUGUUUUAUUUUAAGCCAACAUAAAUAUCUUCAAGCUGUUUCUUUACAGUUUGUAUCUAAAUAUAAAUAAGAUUUAAGCCUACAAAUCACAAUUUACAAUGUUCAUUAUUAAAGGAGAUAUAUCUUUAAUUUAUUUUUGAAAUUUAAAAUAUACCUGUGCUUCUUGGACGUCACAGCCCAUAAUGUAAUGGAGAAAUAAGCACAAUUACUCAUAAUAUAAAUACUUUAUUUUGUGUAAUAAAAUACAAAAUAUUAAUCACCAUAAACCUGCAGGCCUACCACCAACUUUUACAGAACGAUUCCAAUGCAACUCAGUUCAAUGAUGAAUCGCAUUCGUACUAAAUAUUAAGUCGAUGGUACGAAUUUGCGAUGCAGAUCAGUUUAGGACGUAAAGUGGAUCGCGUUAAGAGAUGAUGGUAAGCCCCUUGGUAGGUAUACGUACAAAAAUAUUUUACUGAACUUUGUACAUACCUAAUGCGUAAAAAUAAUAAUAUUUACGACAUAAUUAAAACGACGCCCAUGCUCUUAACCACUGUAUUAUCGAGACCAUGCCUUCAUGGUUCAAUCCCUGAAAAUUUUUUAAUGUUCAAAAGAUUUAAAACAAGAUUUACAUCCGAAGUUACAUUAAUGCCGGUAUUCCUUAAAACUUUGUAGGAGUCGAUCAGCCUCCCUAAAGCCGGCGUCCAGUGCUCCAUGCACAGCAUUGUGCCGGCGAUGCGACGUCGCUUCCCCCGCGAAGCACACCACUGGAAACUGAUUCCCCCUAUAUAGAGGUUCGCUGAGGAUUUCCGCACUCCCUCCAUUUUCUUCCGUCACCACACUCCGGUAGGAAUACGCACCGCGCGCCAGUGGAUUAGAAGCCCAUUGUGAUCUGAAAUAUCCCAACUAAUAUUAUAAAUGCGAAAGUAAGUUUGUUUGUUACCUCUUCACGCUUUAGGUAGAUAAGGAUUUCCGCAUAGAAGAUUGGUUGAGUAGUCAAAUUCUGAAAUUCUGCAUACAUACGGAAAAGGACUCCCUCUUCACGCAUUAUCUAUUGGACCGAUUGUUACGAAAUUUGGUACACGGGUAGAAAAUAACCUGGAAUAACACAUAGGGUACUUUCGAAAUUUCCACGGGAGUCAAGCCCCGGGGCGCAGCUAGUAAAUACAUAUAAUUGAAACGCGAAAUUCAAACGACUUAGGAUGUAUACACUUAUUGGCGUCAAAAAUUUACUUAAAACUGUAUACUGCCGACUUUCAGAGCGCAACGGAGCCUUAUUCAAACAAACUUUCACAAACAGUGACUGAUGAUAAGACUAAUCGACUUUCCAUGCUUACUAAAUGCAACUCUAAUCAUGAUAAGUAUUAUCUCGUUUCAUUACAAGUUGUGUUCCAUUACUGAGCUUUGUUUACAAUAAUACCUUACGUUUACAAUUUGGUUACCUCACAAUAGACUUCACAUUCGUCACGUCAAACUGUUUAAAAACGACACUCAGUAAUUUCUUGACCCCCUCCUCUACUCCUCCCAAACUAACUUUUUCCAUCAUCUCUGCCCCAUUCCCAUACAACCAAGCCAGCAUAACAUUAGGCUGGUGUUCCACUGUCCACAACCCAAAUAUUUCAGUGAUCCAUUUCUCGUCGCUCGAAAACUUUGCCUUGUCUUCGUCUCGCCAUAAAAUUGUGUGGUAAGCCCGCUUUGGAUACCAGGGUUUUUCGAAUUCUAUGUAUAUUUUGUUCAAAAGGCAUAAUUGGAGGUUGUUUAUGCAAUUUAUUUUCUCGGCAGGUAAAGGGGGGUUGAACAGCGUUUGGUGUCUGAAAUAAAAAAAGUUCAUGAGAUAAAUAGUAGUAAGUUUUGAUGCAGUUUUCAUUGUUAUACAGAUAAUUUAUUAAUUACUUUAAGAUCAUUGUAACACUUGGUUGGCGAAUAAGUAAUAUGAAUAUUCUCUCUUCAUAGUCGUUAGUUAGUUCCUCAUGGCUGAGUCGUGGUCAUUACGUGGAAUUAAACACACAUAACAACUUUCUUGGUAUUAGUAAUGGCGUGGUUUACCAUUGCCUUCUCCAUUUCACACACAAGUUAAUCAACCAGCCAGUGUGCAGGUUUCCUCACGGUGUUUUCCUUCACCGGAUAUGAAUAUGAAUACAUACAAAAGAUUCUAUUAGACCAUGCGAAGCGAAGCGCUAGUUAAUAUUAAUAUAAGUAUUAAUUGCACCAUAAACUAAUUAAUAUACAGGAGUACUUCCAGAUGUACCUUUCUUUAAGGACCCCAAUGGACACAGUGACGAUGACACUCUUGGCGGCAUACAAGCUGCCAUCCUUACACUUGACUUGCACCAGGGGAUUACUCGGGUCCAGCCCGGUCUGGGAACUACCCCAACGUAUGCUUUCCACCUCCUUGUUUAGCAGAAUCUGCACUGGAAUCUCCUUUGAAGGGUCGGGGUAUUUAUUC